CCGACGCCGUCAUUCUUCUUUCUCCUCCGUACGAUUGUCAUUACUCAUCUGACCGUUGACUAGAUCAGCGCCCCGUCCAUCGGUCUUCUAGCGACGCUCAAGCCAGUCAUGGCACCUCCCCCUCACUCCGAGAUCCCCGCACGCGGAAGGCCGGACGAAGAGGGCGAAGAGGACGAAGAAGAUGACUACAUGUCCAUGGUCAUUGAAGAGCCUCAGCAGAAGGAAACCUUUGCGCAAAAGAAGCGUCGGCAGCAACGAGAGGCCGAAGCGCGAGCCAAAGUCCCGUCCAAAGCCGAGCGCGCCGCCCAAGAAGCUGCCCGUCGAGAUGCCGCCUUAUCCACCAGCACGCUUGACCCCUCCAACAAGGGGUUCCAGAUGAUGGCCAAACUUGGCUUCAAGCCAGGACAAGUUCUCGGGAAGCCUGCCGCACCUCCGAACGAUAAGGACACCAACCCCCCCGGCGACCCCAGCUUGAAGGUUCGGUCUGAGCCCCUCAAUAUAAUUUUCAAAGAAGAUCGGGGUGGUAUCGGUCUGGACACUGAGCGGAAGCGCAAAUUCCUCGAGGAAGCCGAAGAAGUAACGAAGAAGGUUAAGCAAGAAGAGGGGGAUUACCGCGAUAGGGUGCGGUUGGAGAGGGAAGCUCGGCGACUCGAGGCUCAGUUUCAUGCUGCGCAGAAGGUUGCAGAACGGCUAGAUGCCGAAGCAGAGGCGGAGACGGGGCCAUCCUCGCAGACGCAGGAAGGAAAAUUCGGCGAGACACAGGAUCUUGGAGGAGAUGAGGAAGAGCCACACCAAGAGGACUCGGCCUACGAGCAAAAGCCAAAGAAAGACAAGAGGCCGGUCAAGCCAACAUCCCAGAUCAAUAUCCUCUACCGGGGGUUGGUGAAGGAGCGGGAAGAAAAGGAACGUGUCGUGCAGACACGACACAUGUUACAGACGUCUCUUCCGUCUUCUUUUUUCCCAGGCAACCCGCAAUUACCGGGGUAUGAUGACCCGACUCUCGACCCAGACGACCAGCAGGCGCUAGGGGGGAGACGCGAGAUGUCCUCGAUUCUCGAACAAGAGUUGGAAGAAGAGGACCCGGAAUUGGACGAGUUCAACGCGCUGGAACCAGGCGAGCGACUGGCCCGACUGGUUCAGUAUCUGCGAGAGACCUACCACUACUGCCUCUGGUGCAAAUAUCGUUAUGAGACGGCAGAGAUGGAGGGGUGUCCAGGAGUGACCGAGGAGGACCAUGACUGAUGACUGAUUUGCAUUGUACUAUAGCGCUCUGUAAGUAAUGUAUAUAUAAUUUCACCGCUGGAUUUUGAAUUAGAC